AUGCAGCGUGAACCAGAUAAACACUUUGGCGUUGGUAAGCUAUGGGCCUGUUUCCCUUUUCAUUCUACGAGGCAACGAGAAUCCGCCAAGGGUACCCUCCGAACCAUUAUGGAGAACAACAAGACCGAAUGGAAUCAGCUUAGGCUCGCAGGCGGCAAAGCACAAGCAAAACGCAUUCUCCAAGAAUCGAUCUCAGCAUUUCCAAAGUUCGUUCGCAAUGGUCAUGCGGAUAAACCUGAAUGGGCGAUCGAGGCCCUAUACAAUAUAUCUGUUAGGAUACGGCUAGAGCAGCGCAAGGAGAAGUCAAGAAAUGCCACCCAACGCAAGCGCAAGCGUCGAGCCGCCAUUGAGUCUGAGUCUGAGUCAGAUGAUGUUGAGCACAGUUCUGAGGAGCAACCCCAGCCAGAAAAUUGUGCUAGUUCGUCUACACAGCCCCUGCAACCGCCAUCCCGCAGCUAUAGUACUAAGUCGCAGUCAAGAAUAUCCAACGAACGCCACCGAUACGUCUAUCCCAUCCCUCCAAUAAUGAUUGAGGUUCAAAACACCGUCCCCGGUCUCGACGACGGUAGCUAUAAUGGGCUCGCACAUACCUCGUUACUCUGCCGCGAAAACACCCGGCCGCACUCCGACGGGUCAAUGCAACCAGACCAUAUAUCCUACCAGAAAUGGCAGGAGUUUCUCCAAGAACAGUGUGGGUUCGAACCGACGGCCCAUGUUAUGCGCUAUACCAACUCUCAAGGGACGCACACGGUGGUUCGCUCCCAGAUGCAGCUGCAGUAUAUCUUUAUGAACACCCAUGCCGACCAAAUCCAGUUCCAUAUUGUGGAAGACCCCAACCCACACCAGUGCAGGCCAAUACCGACCUUCCUUAACUUUACGGACGAACCACACAGUCGUCAGGACACUCCAGGAUGCGGAAUGAUAACAGAGCAGUUACUCUCACGCAGUCCAAAGAGUCGCCAUCUGGACUAUGAGCAGGGCAGUGAUACAUAUGAGGAUAUGACGAGACUGUCGGCAAAUAUACUCCGUACAUCCCUGGAGCCUAGCGAUAACAUACCCCAUGAGCAACCACUACAGGAGCAACAUCAACUACAGGAGCCGAUAAAUCCCAACCUGGCUCCCACUCAUGGCGCAAACCAGCAGGAAGAACAAAUCAGUGACACUACAGAGCCAACAGUGGCCGUUCAGCAUACAGUAACCACAGACCCCUCCACUGGUGAAGUAGUCACCCACCCAGACCACAGCCAGUCCACACAGCAAACAGUAGACCCAACCAAUACAGGGGGGCCGACCACACCCAUUUCUAUUAAUAGUAAGAGCGAUAGUAACAAUGAGACAGACAAUGAUCCAGAUAUUAAAGAGCAGACUGGCAACAAGGAUAACACAAAAAACCAGGUAGAUACAGAAGAUGAGGAGUUGGCAAGGGGUCUUUGGACCAACGAGGAACGGGUUGAGGAGCAAUUGAGAGACUUCAACCACGAUCUCCAAUAUGACGAACUCAACGUUGAAAUCUGGCGCCUAACCCUUGAUGCCUUUCGGUUUCCCCAUAAUGCGUAUCAAAACCCAGAUAAGUGCAUCCCUCUGCCUGGUGUACGUCCGGACAGAUAUCCCCGACCAUACCAGUUGUACGAAGCUGUAUGGAUGCUGUACAACGAGGCGAAUAGUGUCCAGAAUGGCGGCUUCCUGGCUAACGAUCCUGGAUUGGGCAAGACAGUCUCUGUUCUUCUUGCCAUAAUUAUCGGACGCUGGUUAGAUAUCGCCAACCAACGAUUUACAAAAGAGAGAGAGGAAGCAAGGAAAGCAAAGAGAAGCUCUCCGCCGCUGGUGUAUCCCUGUAACCACGCAAACGACCUGCCAAUAUGUUGUCCUUGCCACCCCAGUAGCCCAACACACAAACUGAGGAGCUAUCGGAUAGGGAUAACCUAUGUGAUUGUUGAUCUCAUACUACUCUCAAACUGGGCGCAAGAAUGGACGUACUUUUUUGAUCUGCAGGACCCCAUACUCGGUAAUAGUGAGACUGGAAUGACGGUCCUUAUUGGGCAUCGGAAAACUGUCCUUGGCAUGCCAACAGUUGAGGGGUGGGUGCGGCAACAUGGUGUCGACCAGCUAGUCUAUACUGAAGCCAGACGGUUCAACGAGCUACUGGCUAAAACGCAAGGCAAGACGUACUACAAAUACAACGGAAUGACUGCAGAGGAGGAGCAAGAGCUUACCAACACCACGAAGAUGAUACAUGACGCCGAGUUCUCGGUUCCAGAUGAUAUGACACGGUUUAUUAUUAUAACUACGCCAGAGAGCUACGAGUCACGCGUUCAGCGCUAUCUUACUCUCCAAGCACAAGUGCCGGCCGCCCCCCACAUUAAGAAAAAACCACGAGACAUGACCCUCAUGGGAAAUAUUGCCGCCCGUGUGGUACGAGAUGAGUGCCAUUCCUCCUGGCAGACCACCAGCAGGUUAUUCCAAGUCUUUAGGAAACUAGAUCGCUGCAACAAGCCGGCGUUGUGGUUCCUAUCGGGCACACCCUGCCCGACAACGCCAAAGAACAUCAAAGGGUUUGUGGAACUAACGGAGACACCAGAAUGGGCUAACCACGAGGAGCUCAAAAUCUACCGAUCUUUUAGAAUACAGAGGAUCGGGGAAGCGUUCGAGAAGGUCGUGCGGUCUAAAACACUUAAUCCGGAAGCGCUCGCCCAAUGCCUUGACGAUGUGAGAGAUUACCUCAAACAUAUUAACUUUGAAAAACGGACGGAGAAUUCCAACUGGUUCGGUCGACCACUAAUAACCCUACCGGAGCAGAUACAUAAAGAUUUUGUCUGCCCAUUGAGCGAGGAAGACCGAGCCAACAUUGAAAGCUUCUUCAAUGACAUGAAGAGUCAAAUUAGUGAAAUAAGGUAUCAGGGCAAUGCGGACUGGCGGUUUCAACUAAGAAGUAUCACCCAGCGCAUCCGCAUUGCAACUGGCAUUCCAGGACUACUCCGCACCGCCCAGCGUCAGAAUAAAGACAUUAGUUCCAUUCCCUUCACAGUGGAUGGGAUGAAGAAGGCAGAAGUUCUUCCAAACCCCGAAGGGUCGUGGUUUGACAAGAAUAUAUCAAGUAUCAUGGAAGGCUCCACUCGUUGGGCCAAAACGCGCGAGGUUAUCGACGGCCUAGGUAUGGAGGAUAACAGUAACGCCCCUCGCAAGCUGGUGAUCCUUACACAGUACCCAACCACCGCCGUGAUCCUGUCUCUGGCACUCCGUCGUUUCUACCCCCAUAUGUUCCCUAAGCUCAUGCUCGCGAGCACACCCAAGCGUUUCGAAUUGGUUAGAGCAUUCCAAGAAGGCCGCGCAGGUGAGAUGGUCAACGUCGGCGACGAAUUCCAGAGUCCUGGGAUCCUGGUGGCCACCACCAAAACAACGGCGACCGGCCUCACCCUGCAUCGUGCCGCCCAUCUUAUCCUGUUUGAGGUAGAUUGGGUGAGUAGCACCCAUAAGCAGGCAUGGGGUCGAGUUCGCCGUAUUGGACAAAGGAGUCCUUACGUCUGGACCUACCUCUUCUGUAACAAUGACAUGGAGGUUGAACUUCGCAUACAAGUCUGCAACCUCCAGAGAAGCCAGCUAGCCGAUGUUCUAGGCACGUACCGAAAAAAAUCCAAACGGCGACGUCAAACAGAGGUUGAUUUUGUUGACAAUGCAUAG